AUGGCUACGGCAUACAAGGGUCCAAAACGUAUAGACUACCCCCAAUUUACCAUUACAACACUGAAUGAAAUGCAUCAGUUCGACCUACUCUAUAUGCCACAUGACAAGCUAUAUGGGAACACCUACAAAUACAUAUUAACAGGCAUCGAUGUAGCCUCAAGAUAUAAGGUAGCAAGACCACUAAGAACGAAGAGAGCUAGUGAGGUCGCCGACAAGAUCAAAGAUGUUUGCAAGGCAGGACCAUUACACUACCCUAAAACCCUCCAAAGCGACAAUGGUUCCAAAUUCAAAUCGGAUGUAACCAAGCUCCUGGAGGAUAAGGGGGUUGAAAUUAGACGGGUCACUACCAAUACCACCACACAUUUAAAGCCUUUGUGGAAAGCUACAACAGGGUCCUUGCAGAACGACUAUUCAAGCCCCAGGAUGCCCAAGAUGAAGGGUAUCAACAAUAUCAAGACUGCCAUGAUUGCCAUGAAACCCAAUAAAGCGAUCAAACUGGAUGAGGUAUCGCUCACGAAAAGUGAGGAAUAUCCCGAAGAGAAACCCCUGCCUGGGGAUGGAUUGUACUUGAAUCUGCUGCAACCCGGAGAAGAGCACGGUGAUUCGAGACGACGUGCAACCGAUGCUUGGUGGAGUAGGAAAAUGUAUAGGUUGGACCAUAUGGUAAAAGGCAGCCGUACUAUAUACUAUUUAAAGGAUGGUCCCGAAAGGAGCUAUGUUUUGGAGGAGUUGAUGCUCAUUCCUGAAGUUGUGGAAGUGCCUCCAGAGCAUGUUAAAGAGUGGUAG